ACCACCAUUGAAAACUACCUCAUGCCCUUCAAAGGGAAGUACAACACAGAUUGGCAGGGUCUGUGCGUCACGGACCUUGAGGAACCUGAACUGGAUAUCAAGAACCUGAAUGAAAGUGAAGGAGGGGACAGUCUUGCUCCUACUGACAUCGUCAUGUCCCCUUCAGAGUGCUCUGUCAGCAGAUCAGUGAUCAACAUCUCCCUGAGUGAUCUCAGUGAGUCUGUCUACAUCCAGCACUACGAUAUCGGACUAGUAAAGGAAGUGCAGGAUGCCUGGCAAAUGCCCAAGUGUGGGACCUCGCCCCGCACAAGUCCCCCUCCAGUGGAACUCAUAACAUUACCCAGAGACCUGUUACCUAUACAUCUACCUGGAGACACGCUGCUGAAACCGAGUCCUCUACAGAUGAAGUCCCGCCGACCUUCAUAUCACCUGCCAAUACAACGGAGCUGCGUUAAAAAGAAAAGCAACGUAGCUGUGGAGACAGUUCUCUCCGAUCUCAGUCUUACUUCUAUAUCAGGUCAGUCUAACUUCUAG